AUGGAUCUCGCUGCUCCCAUCAUGGUAGCUGCGAGAGCGACAUCAAGUCUCAUCGCCGCUUCCCAAACCUCAUAUUCCGACCCGACGCCAUCACCGUCCGACGGCCAUAAGCUAUUCUACCAUGGCGCAUCUGCCUCCGACUCUGGUGCCUCUGGUGGAGAGGAUCAGGGAGAAUGCCACUUAUUAGGACCAUUUUCCCUUCUUGUUCAGUUAGCGCUGGGAGGACUGGCGCUACUAUCGUUGGUCUUCAAGCGGUGGAGAGAACGGCCCCAGCGGCCGGUAAAGGUGUGGGCAUUUGAUGUCUCGAAGCAGGUCUUUGGUUCGGCUAUGCUUCAUCUCUUGAAUUUGACCAUGUCCAUGUUCUCCGCUGGUCAGAUAGAGAUCAAACCGUCGUACAGACCGAAUCCCUGCUCAUUCUACCUACUAAAUCUGGGAAUCGACGUGAGUAUCUAUCUCCAUCCCUCCACUCUUCUUCUAGCCAACCAUCAUAUCAAAAAUAUGUGCACAGAAAGGAAAAUGCUAACAAAAACCCACCAGACAACCCUCGGCAUCCCAAUUCUAAUCCUCAUCCUCCGCAUCCUAAACAUCCUCGCCUCCUACACACCACUAGCAAAUCCACCCGAAUCAAUCGAAUCCGGCAACUACGGCCAACCACCCAAAGCAUUCUGGUGGUUCAAACAAUCAAUAAUCUACUUCAUCGGCCUACUAGGCAUGAAAGUCUGCGUCUUCUUCCUAAUCCAACUAUUCCCCUUCAUCGUCAAAGUCGGCGAUUGGGCUCUACAAUGGACAGAAGGAAACACUGCACUUCAAAUCAUCUUCGUCAUGCUCCUCUUCCCUGUUACCAUGAACGCGAUUCAAUAUUACAUCAUCGACAUAUUCAUCAAGAAAUCGAUUUCCCAGGACGGUUAUAAUUCCGACCUAACGACUGAGGGAUCAACGACUGAUAGCGUGGGGCGUGAGGCUCUACUCGCUGGUAUUGAUGAUGCUUAUUCGUCUGAUAGUGAUGUUGAAGGUGAGGCGCCGAGGAAGUCUUCUAUUGCUAAGUCUGUUACGAAUGCUACGGCUACGGCUACGGCUAAGGCUACUUCGCUUCAGGAGUCUGAAGGUCGGUUUUUGGAGGAGGAGUUGAGUAUUCCUGCUCCGCCUUAUCAGCCUGAACCACCUGGUUCGAGUGGGAGUGGGAGUCAGAAUGGGCAGAAGGAGGGUUCGGGUCUGAAUGAGUCGUCGCAGCACUGA